UGCCUCAGCUGGUUCCGGCGUGUGAAAAUGGCGGCGGCCGGGGCGGCGUCCCGGGAGCAGCUGGCGAGCUGGUGCACUCAACAGUUGCGGAGAACUUUCGGCCUGGAUGUCAGCGAGGAAAUCGUGCAGUAUGUUUUAUCUAUUGAGAGUCCUGAAGAAAUACGAGAAUAUGUCACUGAUCUCCUUCAGGGAAACGAGGGCAAAAAAGGCCAAUUCAUAGAAGAGCUUAUAACCAAAUGGCAAAAGGACGAUCAGGAGUUGACUUCUGAUAAUCCGCAGCAGUCCUUAAAAAAGGAUGACAUUUCAGAUGGACAGAGGUCAGGAGACCAACUAAAGAGGAGUCGGAAGAAAGGGAGAAACAGACAAGAAUUCCCUGCAUUUGCUGAGCCUGAUGCAUCCAUCGAAGUUAAAACCCCUUUUGAUUUGGCCAGGGCACAAGAGAACAACUCUUUGAAGAAGAAAACCAAGUUUGUCAGUUUGUACACAAAGGAGGGACAGGACAGACUUGCAGUUCUGAUUCCUGGUCGUCAUCCUUGUGACUGCCUGGGCCAGAAGCACAAACUCAUCAAUAACUGUCUGGUUUGUGGCCGGAUCGUCUGUGAACAAGAGGGUUCUGGCCCCUGCUUAUUCUGCGGUUCUCUGGUGUGUACUCGUGAGGAACAGGAUAUUUUACAGCGUGACUCCAACAAAAGCCAGAAGCUCCUCAAGAAGCUCAUGGCAGGGACAGAAAAUUCUGGAAAGACUGAUCUCUCUACGAAGGACCUUCUUCCUCAUCAGGAACUCAAAAUUAAGUGUGGUCUGGAAAAGGCCAUCAAGCAUAAAGACAAGCUGUUAGAGUUUGACAGAACUAGCAUUCGAAGAACCCAAGUUAUCGAUGAUGAAUCAGAUUACUUUGCCAGUGAUUCCAAUCAAUGGUUGUCAAAAAUUGAGCGAGAAACCCUACAGAAACGAGAGGAGGAACUGAGAGAAUUUCGACAUGCCUCGAGGCUCUCUAAGAAGAUCACCAUUGACUUUGCAGGCAGGAAGAUAGUGGAAAGUGAGAAUCCACUAGCAGAGUAUCACAGCAAACUAGAUGAGACAAUACAGGCCAUUGCCAAUGGAACCUUAUACCAACCACAGACCAAAUUGGAUAGAUCUUCUGAUGAACCUUUAGGAGUUUUGGUGAACCCAAACCUGUACCAUCCCCCUCCCCAGUGGGUUGACCAGACAGGUUCCACCUCCCAGAAAAAGGCUUUCCACCCUGCAGGAUCAGAAUCAGAGUCCAGCUCCUAUCGGCACCAGUUGCGGAUUCAGGACCAGGAGUUUCAGGAAGGCUUUGAUGGUGGCUGGUGCCUCUCCAUGCAUCAACCCUGGGCUUCUCUGCUGGUCAGAGGAAUUAAAAGGGUGGAGGGCAGAAGCUGGUACACUCCUCAUAGAGGACGACUUUGGAUUGCGGCUACAGCCAAAAGACCCGCCCCCCAAGAAGUCUCCGAACUGCAGGCCACAUACAGCCUGCUUCGUGGGAAAGAUGUGGAAUUUCCCAAUGACUAUCCAUCAGGCUGUCUUCUGGGCUGUGUGGACCUAAUUGAUUGCUUGUCCCAGAAACAAUUUAAGGAUCAGUAUCCAGACAUGAGUCAAGAAUCAGAUUCUCCGUUUGUUUUCAUCUGUGCAAAUCCCCAGGAAAUGAUUGUGAAGUUUCCUAUUAAAGGAAAUCCAAAAAUCUGGAAACUGGAUUCCAAGAUCCAUCAAGGAGCAAAGAAGGGGUUAAUGAAGCAGAAUAAAGCCUUCUGACCCAGGAGAAAAGGGACUGUACAGCUGUGUGGAGUUUUGUGUACUGAAGUUGCUAUCCACUGGUCCUUUGGAAUUGAAACAGUAGAAAUUUAAAGGCUUGGUGUCAGUCUUAAAUCUCUCAGAAUUUUAACUCUUACCAAAAUCUGUAUAUUUUUCUUAUGGAGUGGGAUUCUUAACUUUGUGAAACAGAUCAAAAUCUUUGGAUACUUUAUUUAUAAAGACCUAUUUUAAAAUUUCUAGGUCUUUGCCAUUUUUCUUAGAACAGUAUUAAAAGGAAAAGGAACAAAUUGCAAUUACUUUCCUAAGGUUUGGAUUUGUAGUUAAGAGAAUUGAAAAGUCGUUUUUCAAAGUGAUGACGCUGGAGCAAAAGGUAGGGAGUGUACUUGCCUUGCACGCGGUUAACCAGGUUCAAUCCUAGGCACUCCAUGUGGUUCCCUGAACCUCAUUUAAGAGUUCUUGAGCACAGAGCCAGGAGUAAGCUCUGAGCACUGCCAGGGGUGGCCCAGAAAACAAACAAAAACCCAAAGUGAUAGCCUGAUAGAGUAUUAGGAUGUUUGACAAAUUAUUUAAUACAAACCUGUACGGAAGAAAAAAAUUAUUUUCAGCAAGUUUUCUGCUCUAGUCCCACAUAUCCUUGUGUUUUGUUUUGUGGCCAAUUCCAACAAGCACUCAGGGGCUAUUUCUGGCACCGGGGUUGGGUUUUGAACCUGGCAGUGCUCAGAGCUCUACACAUACACAGUUCCAGGGAUCAAACAUGCCUCCUACUUGCAGAGCCUGAGCUGAGCCUGUCGAACCAUCUCUCUUCCUGGCCCUGCCCAGCACUUCUUGAUGUGAACAGUCUUGAAAAGCUGAGUAACUUGCAAAAACAAAACAAAACAGAAAGCAGACUACACAGCACCUGAGCAACUUUCUUUGGCAGACAUACAUUAACCUGAAGAGGUGCUGCUACUUUACUCGUUUUGGUUUGGGAGGUUAGGACAUUAGACAACUUGAAUUGGUCCUUUUGAUAUUGCUACUGUUGCAAAAGCAUCACUUAAGCUGGGAGAACUAGAAACACUGGAGAAUAAAAUCCCUGUAGUAAAAGCACCCAAAUUCCCCAAAUCCCCAAAUCAAACUUUUUAAAAUCAUCCACAGCCCAGGAAACCAUGAGAUUUGGAAAGCAGGAGGUUAGUCUGGAGUGAGAUUUUUUACAAGCCAUUUUGACCCCACUCAGUUUUUUCCUGAGGCUGUUCAGGAGAGCUGUCAGGAGAGCUGUCAAAAUCUGAAUUGCCGCAUACUCAGGAAAUUCAUGAUCUUAAAUGUGCAAUGUUCUGAUUUUCAUAAGGCAGCACUACCACACUGGAAGUUGGAUUCUCUCCAGCAGUUGUGUGCUUAAAAAGAAAGCAUGAGGGAGAGAAAAAAAAAGUACCCUGUGUUAUGAAAAAGAUUAAUUUCCCCUUUCUUUAAUCCUUCAUAUUCAGCAUUUAUUUCCAUUGAAAUGCACAAUGAGCUUAAUUGCACUCAUUAUGCAUUGAUGUUCACUCAGCUGUGAACCCUUCUUGUUGCAUUGCUCUAGGCACUAGUUUUUCAGGACCUGAUCACUCUGGAUUCCCAGGGGAAACCCACCUAAUUUUUUACUGAUACAAUCAUGCAGUAUUCCCUUUCCCUGUUUAACUUAUGUGUAGGAAGUGUGAAGGACAACUAAAGGCACCUCUUUAGGAAAAAAAGUUUCUUUUCUAGCCUCCUGUUGACCUUAUACAGGGUUAUUAAUGAAGCCCCAUUGAGUUAGCUAUGCAAUGAAAAGUUGAACAAACAACAAGCAGUAGCAACCUCUAAGUUCUAUGCUGGGGCAGAUUUUUGAUUCCUCCCCCCACUUUUUUUCUUUGUUUUGGGGUCAUAUUUGCGAUGCUCAGGGGCUACUCCUGGCUCUGCACUCAGGAAUUACUCCUGGCGGUGCUCAGGGGACCAUAUGGGAUGCUGGGGUUGAACCUAGGUCAGCUGCAUGCAAAGCAAAUGCCCUCCCCCCUGUACUGUGGCCCCCAGCUCUUUUUCCCUUUUUUUGUUUUGAGGCCACACCUGGCUUUGUGCUCAGAAAUCACUUCUGAUAUAGCUGAGGGGAACGUAUUAGGCACCUGGGAUUGAACCCAGAUCUGCUGUAUGCACGGCAAGUGACUUACCUGCUGUACUAUCUCUUUGGCCCCAGCUUUCUUCUUUCGUAUGGUGAUCAAACCCAGGACCUCAUACAUGCAAGUUAUGUGCUGUACCACUUAACCACAUCCCCAGUCCGGUCUGAUUUUCUAAAUAUCUAAAUAAGGGCAAGAAGUGAAGAGUUAGGGAGAACAAAAGGUGGAUCUGCCUUUUUUAUUUGAACAGCCUAAAUACCAGAAGAGUCUGAAUUCAUUUCCUCCCUGGACAGUGUGUGUACGCAUGCCCAAAGAAAACAUCAUGAGCUACAAAAGUCCAGGUUCUGCAGCCAUCUGUGUGCUGCGACAAAGUCUACAAGAACAUUACUUGGUUAUUAAGAACCUACCUCCGCAUCCAAAAUAAGCAACUGGAGCCACAAGAGUAAAUGGUGGAGUAAUUUGAAAUAUGAAAACUUCUUUUCACAGUUAGACUGGAAGAGCCUGUCUGGAGUUCACAUGGAGUGGUAUAAGGUUCCUCUUUGAUUUAUGGAGACUGGCGGGGAGGGGGAGUGUGAGAGACCUGGGGAUAGAUGCCUUCAGUUGCCCGGUGAUGAAUAACAUAAUUUCAGACCUCAAGGAAAUUUUUAGCAGCCUGAGGACAGACUUGCUCAGGAAUAGCCUGUGCAGUGCUUUAUAACACUUUGCAGCAUGACCCUCUAACUCAGGGAAGUUCCUCUGGGCUUAGGGAAGUUUACGUAUCUAAGCUGGUUUCCCUCCAGAGCCUAAAUACCCCUUUUGGAAGGUUGCUUCCUUGGCCCUAAAUUUGUAUAGUGCCUAAAUGAUUCUUGUGUUUUAGGUUUGGUUUUCUUUUAUGGGCUAGACUCGGCCUUAAUUAUAGUGCAGAGUAAGAUAGACCUGAGACUGGAAUCCUGCCCUGUCAGGAUCAAGGCUGCUUUCAUUUUGCAGUCAUGUUUGGAAUGGAAUAGACUAAGUGGUAGUUGUAUUUUCCCUUUUUUCUUUCUUAUUUUUGCUUGCUACGCUAGUUGGACUAAUGAUUUAAGAGUUCCGUAUCUCCUUUUAAGCUGUGAGUUUGCGUAAAUCCAUUCCUCUCUCCCUCCCCACCUCCCCAAUAGGUGUGAAAACAUACUUUUUUCUUUCUGGGCCACACCGAGCAGUGUUCAGGGUUUACUCUUAGCUCUGCACUCAGGGCUCGCUCCCGGUGCUCUUGGGACCACAGGGUGCCAGGGAUUGAACGCAGGUCAAAGGCACUUGCCCUACCCACUAUACUAUCUCCAAAUCCAAAAAGUUCAGACUUCAAAGAUUAUUUUUAGGGACUCAAGCAGUAGUACAGUGGAGAGUUAGUUUUGCCUUGCACACGGCCAGGUUUGAUCCCCUAUAUUCCUUAUGGACCCCUAGCACCGCCGGGAACCAGGUGUAAGUAACCCUGAAUAUCUCCAGGUGUGAUAAACCAAACAAAACCAAACAAACCAAAAAAACCAAACAAAAGAAAAGGAUUAUUUUUACAUGUAACAAAUAGUUUUUAAAUGAGUUAUAAACACAUCUCAUCAUUUUAACUACUGCCUACAGUAAAGACUAUUUCUGUGGAUUUUUUUAAGCUUAGUAACUUUUUUUUUUUUUUUUGCUUCUUGGGUCACACCUGGCGAUGCACAGGGGUUACUCCUGGCUCAUGCACUCAGGCAUUUCCCCUGCAGGUGCUCGGGGGACCAUAUGG